AUGGCCGAUUUCGCUCCUCCAGCUGGCCCGCCUCCUCCCAAGGCCCCCGAGGUCCCUGCCGGAUGGGCCGUGCGAUGGAACGACCAGUACAAGGAAUGGUUCUACGUCAACGUAUACACGAAACAGUCCCAAUGGGAGAAACCUACUGCCCCCGUCUUCCCUAAUGAUGACGGUGCGCCCGCCGGUCCUCCUCCCGGAUACGAGCCAGGCAACACGCCUGUAGUUACAGACACCAAGAAGAACCCCUAUGAAGAUGUCACAGCCAGCGCCGGUGGUUCAUCUCAAGACGAAGACGCCAAGUUAGCCGCUCGGCUCCAAGCCGAAGAAGAUGCGCGUGCGCUCAGUGGCCCUGGCGGCCCAGAUGUUCCUGCAGGAUAUGGCGGCUCGAAUAGCCCGUUCCCCCAGAGCAACAGCCCUUAUCCUCAACAACAAAGCGGCAGCAGUUACCCCGCAGAACUACCCCCGAGGGACCGGGGUGCUAAGAGUGGCGGCUUCCUAGGAAAGCUGCUCGGUAAGGGCAAGCAGAUGGCUGACAAGCAUCAACAACAAGGUGCUCAUGGUGGAUAUGGCGGAGCUCAGGGUAGCAUGGGUGGUGGUUACCCUCAGCAGCAGUACUAUCCUCAGCAACCUCAGGGUGGCUACCCAGGACAUGGCCCUCCUAUGGGCUAUGGCGCUCAGCCCCAUUAUGGUGGUGGUUACGGCGCACCAGGUGGCUAUGGUGGAUAUGGAGGCGGCCCCGGCUACGGCCAACAUGGCGGCGGUUUCGGCGGUGGUGGUAUGGGAGGUGGUCGCAAACCGGGAGGUGGGGGUAUGGGCAUGGCAGGAGGUGCUGCUCUCGGUGCCGGUGCCGGUCUGCUCGGUGGUGCCAUGCUCAUGAACUCAUUCGACAACGAUGAGCAAGAUGCCUAUCAAGACGGUUUCGAGGACGGUGCUGAUUUCGACGGCGGUGACGAGUAA